UACAGCGCAACCAAAAACCAAAAUAAAAGCAGCGACUACCGAUGAGCAAAACAAACAUUCAGCUUUAAAAACACAUUCUAGGAUUAAAUGACCGCCUGCACAUGUCACUGCCGCGCAUCACAGACUUUGAAAUCCUCGAGAAACUCGGAGCAGGCAGCUAUGCCACCGUCUAUAAAGCGCGCCACAAAAAGCAGCGCACUUUCCACGCCAUCAAAUAUGUGGAAAUGUCAACGUUAUCGCAAACCUCGCGGGAGAACCUAAUCACCGAGAUCCGCCUCCUCCGAGACUUGAAACACAAGUACAUUGUGACUCUUCAGGACUUCUUUUGGGACGACAAGAAUAUUUACAUCGUGCUUGAGUACUGCAACGCUGGUAAUCUCUCUGCAUUUAUACGAACAAAAAAGGCUUUGCCGGAGAGCACUUGUCGGUACUUUUUACGGCAAUUGGCAGCGGCCGUGCAGUAUAUGAGGGCCAAUGAUGUGUCCCACUUUGAUUUAAAGCCACAGAACCUGUUGCUAACCCGAGGAGCCAAUAAUGUUUCCCUCAAGGUGGCGGAUUUUGGUUUUGCCCAGCACUUGAAGCUGGGUGAGAUCAACCAGCAGCUGAAAGGUUCUCCCCUAUAUAUGGCUCCGGAGAUUGUUCGGAAGCAUCAGUAUGAUGCAAAGGCGGAUCUUUGGAGUAUCGGUGUGAUCUUGUAUGAGUGUCUUUUCGGAAAAGCGCCCUACAGCUCCAGGACUAUUGAGGAGCUGUUGCUGCGCAUCCGCACUGCCGAACCCAUCACACUGCCACCGAAUGCUAGCAUUAGCAACGAGUGCCACGAUCUCUUGCAGCGCCUUCUUGCCCACGAGCCCACGGAGCGUAUUUCUUUCGAGGAGUUUUUCGCCCACCCGUUUCUUGAUCUCAAGACGUUUCCCUCGGAGCAUACCCUGCAGAAGGCUAUCGAUUUGGUUACCCAAGCCUGCUCCUACGAUGAGAAACGAAACUACAAAGAAGCUUACUACCUAUACUGCAGUGCCUUGCAGUACUUUGUGCCUCUAAUCACGGAGGAGACGGAUGCCACUAAACGUCAGGCCCUGCGUAAUCGCGCUUUGACGUACAUGAAGCGCGCCGAGGAGAUCAAGAACUGCAUUAUCGAGGAUGAGUAUAGAAUGUUGGCAGAACGGCAAAAACGCGACGCUGCCUCCGCAACUGUUUCAUCUACAAAAGCCGCGGCGGACGCUCCUGCUGCUGCCCAGCCGACAGAUCCGCAGCCUAGCAGCUCACGGAUGACCGAAAUGCUGGAACCGGAUGCGCGUUACAAGCAGCUUUUUGCCUUGUCGCACUCAAGUCCGUCCCUUAAGACUGGCCUGGAAAUCGGACGGAAGGGGGAACUGUAUUUGUAUGAACGGAAGCUGGAUGCGGCCCUGGAGUCGUAUACCACAGCGCUCGGUGUCUUGGUGCCAUUUGUUAACAACGAACCCAAGGGAGAGCGACGUAAUUUAUUACUGCAACAGUUGGAGUUCUGGAUGAAGGAGGCUGAGAGCAUCAAAAGCAUACUAAAUGCCAAGCAUAUGGACGAGGAGGAGCAUAAACUGUCCACGCAAUCCUCAAAGAGAGCUCUCACAUUCCCGGGCUGGUCAAGUCGGACACAUUUGUAUUUGAUUGUAUUGAUUGUGCUUUAUUUGAUUAAAAUGGUUUAAAGAGCAA